CUGCAAUGAGUCAAUAGGACGCUGUGUCGUAAUGGUCGCGUUUAUUGUUAAGAGGAAAGUUUAUACAUUUUUAAUACACACGUUGGAGGUAAACAGAUGGAAGUUAAAAAGUCAAGUCAAAAGAAACGAAGUUUGGACGACUCUCAAUCCGAUGCGUCGUCAACAUCGAGCUAUCUGCUAGUUACAGGCAAAACUCAGAGCGAGCAUAAUGAUGACAGUUCAUAUUAUACGCAGAGUUUUGAGAGUAACAUGACUGAUCAAGAUGAAGAGGGUCCGGAUGAUGAAGCGGCAAAAACAGUAGGCUCACCGGCGACAUAUGAAGAUUUGAGAGAAGAGAUCAUGAACAUAUGUAAGAAUGGAUGCAAAUUCAUUAUAGGUAUUGACUAUACAGUUAGCAAUACGACACAAGGUAGUAGUAGUUUCGGUGGAAAGUGCCUCCAUGAUGUGUUGUCCGUCAAUCCAUACCAAAAGGUAAUUACCUGUCUUGGUGAAACGAUUGAGAGUUUGAUAGGAAACGAAGAUGUCAUCCAUGCCUUUGGAUUUGGUGAUAGUAAAGUGAGGAAUAAAGACGUCUUUCCUCUAAAUCCAGAUAAACAGUGCAGAACGUUUUUGGAUGUUUACGACUCGUACAACACCAUUACAAAUAGAAUACGAUUUGGUAACCCGACGGAUUUUUCGCCAAUAAUAAACAAAGCGUUAGAUAUUGUGAACGAAACAAAUGAGUUCCACGUCCUACUUAUAAUUUCGGACUGUCAAGUAUCCGAGGUCAAAAGAACAAAAGACGCACUUAUUCGAGCAUCUCAAUACGCUCUGUCCAUCGUCGUCAUUGGGAUUGGUGAUGGCCCAUGGACAUUGAUGGAACAAAUGGAGGCUACUGGUAAUCGUGAUGAGAAAAUGUCUAACUUUAAUUUUGUGAAUUAUAACCACAUAGUGUCUAAAGCCGCGAAUCCAGAUGUUGAAGUAGCAGAGGCGAUUCUGCAAAACAUGAAGAGCCAACGGCGUUUUCUACAUGAUAUGGGUUAUCUUGAGGAUUAGACAAAAUAGCCAGCAAAUGAUAAAAUACAUUUCGGACACGACAAAGCAUGUUAUUUCAGUGAUAACUUACCACAUGUCUAUGACGUUAACGUGUGCGUUGUUUUUGUUUAAUUUCUAGCGAAUGUUGUGUGUCAAACUUUUGCAAUGGAUCUCUUGUCAGCAGCAAUCAAAACGCCAUAUUUUAAUAUCUCUAGUGCUGGGGCAGCAAACGUUUAACGUUGAUUUAUUUGGACAUGUGUCUGUUACUGUGUCCAUGUUUCUAACUAUUCUAAACAACCUUUAUAAGAACAAGAAAUAUCUCACUCGCUGGUAUGCCUUCUCGGAAUCCAUAGAAUGAAGGACGUGUUUUUACCGGGAAAAUAAAUUUAAUAAACUCGGUAAUAAGUUGUAAACGGACAAAAUAAAAAUUCAAAUACAUACAACGAUACUAAGAACUACUGUAUAAUUGUUUUAAAGCAAGAACACUUAAGAUUUUAGUUUUACAUUAAGUGUGUGUUAGGCCAAACUAUUUUAAUUUGGAUGGGCGCCGCCAUCUUGAAAAUUAACGUAGAUACUUGUUCGUAGAAUAGUCAACUAAACAGACAUGUCCACAAAAACGGCAAAAUAAUAAUCCUCCAAUAAAAUUAUACAGUGAUUGGAAAGCGAAAACACACUAGUACACGUGACAGCGAGUUGAACUGGAAUAUUAACGAAAUAGUUGGUGUUGAAAAACAGAAUAAAUAGGGGGAAAUGGCUUAAUCUAUAAAAAAAAACUCCUGCAACUUGAUCGUACACGCGAUUCACUUGUUCAUAUCCAAACUAAAAUGUUCGGGCUAACAAAAACAUCAAACUGCUGUUUUUGCAACGUAAACACAUGACGAUCUUGUACAGUAUACUACUAGUAUUAAAUAAAUGACUGAAAAAUAUGUUCAGUAUAUUGUAACAUUAUCUUGAUUAUCCUUUGAUCCAAACAUACACAAAACUGAUAAUUAUUAAUUAAGAUACUAAGAAUGGUAUCGAGAUAAUGAUUAAAGAUAAAAGCAUGCAGUCUUAUAGUGCGUGUAAAUUUAUUGUACAAUGUUAGCAAUACCUUCUGUGUUUGCAUUUAUAACAUACUAUUGGUUAAGAAUAUGUUAGCCUGUAAUUUAUGCAUUUCUUAUGAAUAAUGAAUUCAUGACAUGCUACUAGUGUGGACUCAACUCGAGCUUAUAGAUAUCAUAUAUGCAUUUAUUACAUAUUACCGUUUAAGAACCAAUUGCUGAUUUUAUUGUUUGCAAAAAAUGUAUUGCUCGUUAUUAGUGUCGACUCAAUUGGUGCUUUAAUGUGCCUGUAUAUUUUACACGUUUGAUGGUAAAGAAAUAAAGAAAUACCAAAAUUUA